CCCCCAAACAAAUACACAGAUUCGCCAAAAAAUAAUCUUCCUUGGUGAGUGAAAGUCGGUGCAUGUGCGCGGAGCCCGUCGAAGCAAAGCUGCCUCUCUGCUCGCUCACCACUUUUUUGGGACCAACCGCCGCGAUUUGCAUGUCUGGCUGGGGUGCAUGUAGGGGUCAUUGAUGGUUGAGGGCGGGCACCCCAGUGACCUGCUCACUCGCGGCCGGGCGGGCGGGCCAACCGGCUGCACACCUAGAUCGGUCCAAGAUGAGACGAGACUUGUGGUCGGCUGAUGUGCUAGAUCAUAUCAAGUGCGCAACUAGUUGUCUCACCGUUUACUUUAUGGUGCGUGACAUGUCAAGUUCCGGGAGCAGCAGCGGUUCCCGAUCGUUGGACCGCGCCCUGCACGGCGGCUCUCCAGGGGGCAGCAGCACCUCGUCGUCGGCCUCUUCCAGUUCGCUGAGCCUGCAGGGCCGUUACAUGAGCACCAGCCAGCACAGCCAGCAGGGCGACCCGCCUCCGCCCUCCGUGGAGGCGGCGGCGCUGCCGCCCCCGAUCUCGCCGGCGCCCUCGGCCGAGCACUUGCCCGACUUCUUCCACCACAACCCUGAGCACUGCGCGGCCUCCUUCGCCGCCAUCAGCAAAAUGAGACAGAACGCCCAAUUGUGCGACGUCGCUCUGAUUAUUGGAGACGAGGUUGUUCACGCCCACAAGGUGAUUCUGGCGUCCAUCAGCCCUUACUUUCAUGCAAUGUUCAAUGAUGAUCUGGCUGAAAAAUCGCAGAGCGAAGUAACUCUGCACGACGUCGACUUGGCAGCGCUUCAGCUCCUCGUCGACUUUGCUUACUCCGGACAUAUCCUGAUUACGGAAGACAACGUUCAGAUUCUGCUGCCAGCUUCAAGUCUGCUCCAAAUGGCUUCGGUGCGCGAGGCGUGUUGCAAAUUCCUAAUGCGCCAACUCCACCCUUCCAACUGCCUCGGGAUCCGCAGCUUUGCCGACGCCCACUCGUGCAAAGAGUUGCACAGAAGGUCGCACCGAUUCGCCCUGCAGAACUUCCAGGAGGUCAUUACCACCGAGGAAUUCCUGCUGCUGCCCUUCCAAGAGGUGGAGCAACUCAUUUCGAGCAAUCAACUCAACAUUUCCACCGAAGAGAAAGUUUUCCACGCCGUGCUGACGUGGGUCAAGCAUGAUUUGGCAGAAAGGGAGCAGCACAUUUCCAAGCUUAUGAAGCACGUGCGUCUUCCGCUGGUUGCGCGUGAAUUUUUGACGACGGCCGUCGACUCGGAGCCGCUGGUGCGAAGGGACACCGAGUGCCGCGAGCUGCUGUUGGAGGCGAUGAAGUACCACCUCUUGCCGGAGCAACGAGCCUCCUUGUCGUCGAGUCGCACGCAGCACCGAAAGCCGGACGGGGCCAGGCCGUAUCUGUUCGCGGUCGGCGGCGGCAGCCUCUUCGCCAUUCACAGCGAGUGCGAGUGUUACAAUCCGCGGACUGAUCGAUGGAUGCCCAUCGCGCCCAUGCUCUACCGACGCAGCAGAAGUGGAGUGACGGCCCUCGGCAGGCUCCUCUACGUCGUUGGAGGGUACGAUGGGGCAACAGACUUGGCCACCGUCGAGAGCUACAACCCCAGUCUCAACAAGUGGACUUCGGUCACUCCGAUGGGAACAAAAAGAAGCUGCUUGGGGAUUUGCAGCUUGGACGGAUUGCUGUACGUGUGCGGGGGCUACGACGGCGCCUCCUGCCUCAGCAGCAUGGAGAGGUACGACCCCCUGACCGGGGUGUGGAGUUCGUGUCCGGCCAUGGCGACGAGGCGGCGCUACUGCAGGGUGUCCGCGCUUGACAAGUGCAUCUACUCGCUGGGCGGCUUCGACUCGAGCAACUACCAGUCCAGCGUGGAGAGGUUUGACCCGAGAGUGGGUCGUUGGGCCCCGUUGCCCUCGAUGAGCAGUCGCCGGAGCAGCUGCGGGGUGGCCGCGCUCGAGGGCAACUUGUACUGCGUGGGCGGCAACGACGGGACAAUGUGCAUGGCCAGCGCCGAGAGAUACAAUCCGAGGAGAAACGCUUGGGAGCCUGUUGCCGGAAUGCACUCGAGAAGAUCAACUCAUGAAGUGGUGGAAAUCGACGGGUACCUGUACGCUCUCGGGGGCAACGACGGAAGCUCGAGUCUCAACUCGGUGGAGAGAUACGAGCCGCGGCUCAACAAGUGGACCAUUGUUACUUCCAUGCUGACCAGACGGUCGAGUGUCGGGGCCGGAGUGCUCGACUGCAGCAACCUCGAAAAAAUCCUCACAGGGUCUUCAACGAAAAGCGCUGUUUAACUAACACUUUACCUCACAAAUCGUGGGCCCAGUUUAAACAAGUGAAUAUAUUGUACUAAAAUCAGUCUAGCACUGCCAAUUUAACACGCAAUGAGAUCUCACACGUGCCACGAUUGUGUGACAUAUUUUGGCAUUAAAGCCGCCAAUUCUCAUUCGAUAUAUCAAACGAAAUUUCAACGUUUCAGUUGUUAAUUUAGAAAAUUUAUUGCCGAGUGUUAGCGUAAUAAGUUUUAAUAUCGGGAGGAGAAUGCUUUGUGAUGAAGUGGAAAAAUGGUAUUGGCUGUGACACCGGGACAUGAGAUUGGGAAGUUAUUAACAAAAGCAUGUAGUUGAUUCUGUUCAAUAUUAAAAUGGUAAUAAAUUCUAUGAAAUUUCUGUCACCAAUAGGGGAAGGAAUUCUCUUAAAGUAAGACUCUCGAUGCCAGAAUUACAAUAAUUUAAAGUAAUGCGUGACGUCAAACUAGAAGAAUGUGUUUCUGUCUAUUAGUGAUUGUGAUCAAUGUGUUAUUAGCUGUAAGUUUUUUUUUUUAAAUUAUUUGAUCUUUAAAUUAAUUUUCCUGCUAAUAAGAUAAACAGCAUCUCAUAAAUUACAUAAAUAUUUAUUAUGAUUCUUGUAUUAAGAAGUAAUUAAGCCUAUGCAAUAGUCAUGAAAUAUUAUUAAUCUCAUUUAAUGCAAUUAUAAGUUGUAAAUCAUGUUCCGACAAAUCUCAAGGAACAGCCGAACUGAGAUUGGAAUUUUUGAAAGGCUUGUAAGACCGCCAGGCUUUUGCCAACACUACUUAUAGGCCUGCGUGGGCUGCGUGCAGCCACAGCUAUAAAUUUGUCAAAGAAUCUAAUUCCGCUUUUGAACUUAUUCAUUUGGGACCAUAAUUUGCACACACACUACUUAAGCGCCUUCUAAUGUUCUCUACUCAUCGUAAUACUCAAGAACUUUUGCCGUUUACCAGAUUUUAUUCAAAAUUUGGGAAAUGGAGUUUCGCACAAAAUUCAUAAAAGCUGCUGAUUAUAUUGUCAAACAAGAAUAAUUGCAGAAUGUUUCGAUCCAGCUUCAAUUUCCACUUUCGAGAUAAGGUAACUUUUGUGGCCAUUUAGCAGACUUUUAACUUAUUUAUAUCUUCAGUUCACCUACUGGCAUUUUCGAAGUAAUACAAUAAAGCUAAUUAUCUUUAGACUCCUGUUGGAUCUUCAACGGAUGACUUCCUGUAAAAACAGAGACUUUAGGCAAAUGCAUUGUGUCCCUUUAGCUGAGAGAAGUAGCAAAAAUGUAGCCCCCAAAACAAAUUCAUGUUUACUUUUAAGCGAGAACAGAUGUGAAUAUCAAAGGAAAAUCAAUAAAAAUGAAAGAACGAAUCCCC